AUGGAGCACUUGGUCGAAGAUUACGUCAACAAGACCGAGUGCUACCCCGUCUCAGAGCGCCGCGCCCGCAUUCGAACCAUGCUGCUCGAAAUCACUCGGGCGUUGGAGCACCACGGUAUCGAGUACUGGCUCGACAGCGGCACGCUCCUCGGCGCAGUCCGCGGCGGCGACAUCAUUCCCCACGACGUCGACGCCGACAUUGGCUUGACGCAAGCCUCGAUGAACGAGCUGCGGCACACAAAUCUCUCGACGCUCUUGCCGCGCUACGAGCUCUUCCUUCGCGACAGUCCGCUGUACCGGGACGGCCCGUACUGGUAUCUUCCAGGACGGUUUGUCGACAAGCACACGGGGCUGUACACGGACGUCUUUGAGUUCUUGCCGUCGCAGCAGCCGGCGAACGCGACGUUCUCGAGCUCGAACGGCACGAUCGGCGAGCUGCUCAUGCCGUCGGCCGAUGCGAUUGUGAACGGGACGGUCGAGAUGCUCGGGCCCGUCCAGUCGGGCUGCUGGUACACGUGCAAGUACUGCCCCGAUACAUGGUAUUUCAACAUCCCGCGCGAGUGGCCCGACAAGUACCUCACGAUGCUCUACGACGAGACGUAUAUGGACUAA